UCCGACGCUGCCGAAGAGGUGCAGGUGAAGGAGGGUCAGGCCACACUCUACUUUGCGUCCAAGAAGGGUGUCUUCUACAACCCGCCUCAGAUCCCGAACCGCGACCUCUCGGUGCUGGCGCUGCAGCAGUUCUCCGAGAUGUGGGCCAGCCAGCCAUCCAAGCCCGCCGCUGAUCGACACCGCACCCUACGCCAGGGCAGCGCGCCGGCGCCGGCUGACGCUGGCGCGCCCGAGGCGGACGUGCCAGAGGCGGCGGCCGCGCAGGAGCCGCCCGCGCCUGCCGCCGGCGAGGCCUCGGAGACGGCAACUGCUGAGGCGUCCGCUUCUCUCCCGGCGUCCGCCUCAAAGCCCGCGGCGCGGCGCGGCCUGCGGGUGCUGGAUGCGCUGUCGGCGAGCGGGUUGCGGACGAUACGGUACGCCAAGGAGGUGAGCGGGCUGCGCGAGGUGGUUGCGAACGACGUCGAUCCCGUCGCCCACCAGACGAUGGCCUCCAACUUUGGCCGCAACGGCCUCCUCGAGGGCGGCGGGGAGCAGAGCUGUAGGGUGACGUCGACGGUGGGCGACGCGGCGGCACUACUGUACGCGUCGCGCCCUCCGGCAGGCGAGCGCUUCGACGUGGUCGACCUCGACCCGUACGGCACCGCCUCCCCCUUCCUCGACGGGGCGGUGCAGGCGGUGAGCGAGGGAGGCUUGCUGAUGGUCACCUGCACCGACAUGGCAGUCCUUGCGGGGGCGUACCCAGAGGCGGGCGCGGAGGCGUGCUUCGCGAAGUACGGCGCGUGGCCGCUGAAGGUAGGCAAGCACUGCCACGAGCAAGGGCUUCGCAUCCUGCUCGCGUGCAUCGACUCGCACGCCGCGCGCCACGGCCGCUACAUCACCCCCCUCCUCUCCGUCCACAUCAACUUUUACGUGCGCGUCUUCGUGCGGCUCCGCUCCUCCAAGGCUGCGGUGAAGCUGUCCGCUACCAAGGCGCGAGAUGUCUCGCACCUCUACCAGUGCGCCCGCUGCGACUCGUUUGCGCUCCAGCCGCUCGCGCGCGUCGUCGACAAGGGCACGCACGAGAAGGUUGUCGCGGGGGUCGGCCCGCCCGUCGAGCGGAGCUGCGAGCACUGCGGAGGCGCCGCUUGGCCGCCGCAAGCCAGGGCGGGCGGGCGGGGGGGGGAGGGGGGCGGGCGGCCGCGUGCACCACGUCGGUGGGCCGCUCUGGACCGCCCCGAUGCACGACCACGACGGCUGAUCGGCAUGCUCACUUCGGUGGCGGAGGAGCUGCCCGAUGUGCCGCUCUUCACCUCCCUCUCCGCAAUGUGCGGCGUGAUGCACCUGCCCUGCCCGCAGACCGUCGGCGCGCUCUCCGCGAUUGUGCGGCAGGGCUACCGCGUCUCGCGAUCGCACACCGACCCGAGCGCGAUCAAGACGGACGCGCCACAGCGCAAGGUGUGGGACAUGCUGCGCUGCUGGGCAAAGAGGCCCGAGUGCGAGGCGCAGAAGGGGAAGAAGAAGAAGGAGCCCCUGUCGCCCACCUCGCCCGCGGCGGCCAUCCUCGCGGCGUCGCCCGAGGAGGAGGCGGACUUCCGGCCGGUGCCAGAGGUGCAGCGGAUGCUCUCCAAGAAGGACGGCGCGGGCGGGAAGGUGGGCAAGUUCUUGCCAAACCCCGAGCAGUGGGGACCCGGCUCGCGA